AUGGAACUGCAAGAAAGCUUCUCGAACACCAUUUUGUACCAUGUCUUGUCGAAGGAGAAGGGUUUAAGGAGGAGACUGCCCUGGUACUAUGCUCCCUCCUUUCUGCUCCUCUGGGUGGCGCUAUUCUUCGCAGUGGUACUUCCGCUUUUCUACCGGCUACCGGACCGAAUCUCCAUUGCCGACGAGCCACUUAAGCCCGGACAAUUUGUGGCCGAGAGAGCGCAGAAAGUACUCUACGAGUUCGAUCGUAUCGGACCCAAAGUGGUUGGGAGUGUAGCGAAUGAGGUGACGACUGUUUCGUUUCUCUUAAGUGAGCUGGAAAAGAUUAGGAGUGAAAUGCGCGGCGAUCUCUUUGGCUUAGAGGUUGACGUCCAGCUGCCAUCGGGUUCCUAUGUGGUGGGAACCAUGACCAGCAUCUAUCAGGGCAUCCAGAAUGUGGUUGCAAGGCUCAGCACUACGAGUUCCAACAGCUCAUCCUAUCUCCUGAUCAACAGUCACUUUGACACGAAGCCAGGAAGUCCAGGUGCUGGAGAUGAUGGAACAAUGGUCGUGGUUAUGUUGGAGGUUCUUCGUCAAAUGUCGAUUUCCGACACCAAGUUCGUGCAUCCAAUAGUCUUUUUGUUUAACGGAGCCGAGGAGAAUCCCUUGCAAGCCUCCCACGGAUUUAUUACCCAGCACAAAUGGGCGCCCAACUGCAAGGCUGUUAUAAAUUUGGAAGUCGGCGGUAGCGGUGGUAGAGAUAUUCUCUUUCAAAGUGGUCCAAACCAUCCCUGGUUAGUAAAGUAUUACAAGCAACAUUCAAAGCAUCCGUUUGCCUCUACAUUGGCCGAAGAGAUCUUUCAGUUUGGAAUCCUACCCUCCGAUACUGAUUUCCGAAUAUUUCGAGACUAUGGAAAUAUUCCCGGUCUUGACAUUGCGCAGUUCAGCAACGGCUAUGUUUACCAUACAGCAUUCGACACCUUUCAUAUUAUUCCCGGAAGUUCAAUUCAGAGCACUGGGGAAAAUAUUCUAUCCCUUGUUCGGGCUCUGUCCAACGCCAGUGAGUUGUACAACACUGAGGAACACAGUGCAGGACAUGCUGUCUUUUUUGACUUUCUGGGACUUUUCUUUGUGACAUACACAGAAAAGACUGGCAUUAUCCUGAACUGUUGCUUAGCCUUGAUAAGUCUUAUUCUUAUAGGCUGUUCCCUGUGGAGAAUGGCUACUGUAUCUGAGGUUGCUCCGGGAAGAAUAUCCAUACUGUGUGUCAUAGCUUUGGGACUGCACCUUCUUGGGUGCCUUCUGUGCAUGGCCUUACCUCUUUUAAUGGCUGUUCUGUACGAUGUCAGUGAUCGAACACUGACUUACUACAGUAACAACUGGUUGGUGAUUGGCCUUUACAUAUGUCCAGCCAUCAUUGGAAUGGCGCUCCCUCCGACGAUAUAUCACUCAUUCAAAAAUAAUGAUAAGUUAAGUCACUCGUACCACAUCUAUAUCGAUUCACACGCUCAUUGCGUAGUCCUGGCAUUCCUAGCAAUUCUUUUGACUGCCAUUGGUCUUCGAAUUCCCUAUAUGUGUAUGCUGUCUUUGGUUUUCUAUGCGGUCUCUCUGCUGAUUAACCUACUAACUACCCUACAUGAUAGGGGAUACUACUGGGUACUAACGGUGCAGAUAGUGCAGCUUUUCCAGUACGUGUACUUCUGCUACCUUUUCUACAUAUUUUUGGUGAUUUUCUUUCCGGCGAUGGGACGAAAUCGCGAUUCUGCUAAUCCUGAUAUGCUAAUUGCCCUAAUAUGCGCUUUGGGCACCUUCUUUGCUCUGGGUUUUGUUGUUCCUCUGAUAAACAUGUUCCGCUGGUCCACCGUUUUAUUGAUUGGCCUAGGCGUGAUAACUUUUACAUUCUGCAUGAUAUCGGUUUCGGAAGUGGGAUUUCCUUAUCGCGCCAAGACCAGUGUGAUGCGUGUGAACUUUCUGCAAACCCGUCGAAUGUUCUACGAGUUCGAUGGUAGCCUGAGCCUCGACGAUUCGGGUUACUAUUUUGACUACCAGGAUAGGCGAGCUCUUCGCCCACUGAAGGACUACGCCGUAAACUUGACUGGACUUACAUCGAUAGAUGCCUAUUGCGAUAAGUACGUGAUGUGUGGUAUUCCCUGCUUUUGGAGCAGCUGGUGCAGGGGGCUAGCCAGCGCUGCUUGGCUUCCUCGCGAGAAGGAAGUGGAUGUACCAGGAACACUGGAAUUGAACCUCCUCAAUAAAACUGUUUUGGAGUCGGGAAAAUGCAAAAGAUACGAAUUCGAAUUAAGUGGUCCGCCGCACAUGGGCCUGUACAUAAGACCGCUGGAUGGAGUGACAGUGGAGGACUGGUCCUUUAUAAGGAAUAUGCUGGACAAGCCGGAAAAAUACUCACCGCCCUUUCAAAUUUACUUCUCCUAUGGCACGGAUAACUCCCCCUUUAAAUUUCACAUUGACUUCGCCAAACCCGAUGGAGAUUUCGAUGGACCCAUAUUUGAGCUGGGAGUUGUGGGACACUAUGUCAGCAAGGAUUUCCAGAGGGACGAGACUACGCUGCAGUUCAUAGCGAGUUUACCGGAGUUCGUUUACACCAUGGAGUGGCCCUCUCUGUUUUUGCGAUAUAUAUUUUAAGAUCCAUUUCCUGAGCCCAAGUUAUUUUGCAUACAUUAUAUUUCGGGACACUCCAAGUGCUGCGAUAGUGCAAUCGAUAAGGAAGCGGCUGCCAAAUAAUAUAUAUUAAUCUCUAUACUUCAA